AUGUCCACAACAACUACCACAACCGCAACGACCACAUUAGAGGCCGAGCAACAACCACAAAAUCGCUUAAAUGGUACAUCAGAAUUUUUCGAGGAUGUUCAUUUCCUCGGAGAUGCCGAAGGAAAGAUCGUGAUCCGGUCACCUCCUACUUUCACCAACAAACUCGAUGAACGCAAAUAUCAAAAGGAGCAUUUGGCGGCAGCAUUCAGAGUGUUCGCAAAGCAAGGUUUCGAUGAGGGUGUUGCCGGGCAUAUUAGUCUUCGAGAUCCCAUCGACCCUCACAAUUUCUGGAUCAACCCUUUGAGCAUGCAUUUCUCCAUGAUUAAGGUUUCAGAUCUAGUAUUGGUCAACGAAAAUGGGCAGGUCAUACCUGGUGGCGCACAGCACCCAAUCAAUGGUCCUGCAUUUGCUAUUCACAGCGAAAUCCACAAGGCUCGUCCAGAUCUAAAUGCAGCUUGCCAUGCUCACUCCGUCUAUGGGAAAGCCUUUUCAUGCUUUGGUCGCCCGAUCGAAAUGAUUUACCAGGACGCUUUACGAUUCUACAAUGACCUUGCGGUGUAUAACAGGUAUGGCGGAACUGUUAUAUCCACCGAAGAAGGUGCACGAAUUGCAAAAGCCCUUGGCCCUACCUGCCGCAGUGUAAUUUUGCAAAAUCAUGGUAUGAUUACUUGCGGUAAGACUGUGGAUGAGGCUGCAUUCUUGUUUAUUGCGCUAGAUCGAUGCUGUCAUGCACAGAUGAUGGCUAAUGCAGCUAGUGGUCCUGGAUGGGAGAAGAUCUUGAUCAAUAAGGCAGAGGCAGAGAUGACGCAUAAGAAGAGCGGAAACUCGAGCAAGAUGUGGUUGGCGUUCCAGCCUUAUUUUGAUCAGGCUGUCAAGGAAGAUCCCUCUCUUCUUGAAUGA